AUGUGGGAAUUCCGCUCAUUCUCCUUUUGGAGAGCUGUUUUUGCUGAAUUUUUUGGUACUAUGUUCUAUGUUUUUUUUGGCUUGGGUGCAUCUCUAAAGUGGGCAGCCGGCCCAGCUAAUGUACUGCUUAUUGCAUUAGCAUUUGGUCUUGCACUGGCCACCAUGGUCCAAUCUAUUGGCCAUGUCAGCGGUGCUCAUAUUAACCCAGCAGUCACCUUUGCCUUCCUCAUCGGCUCACAGAUGUCCCUAUUUCGUGCCAUUUUCUACAUUGCAGCACAACUGCUGGGAGCAGUAGCCGGAGCUGCCGUUCUGUAUGGUGUCACUCCUGCAGCAAUACGUGGCAACUUGGCCCUUAACACGCUCCAUCCUGGGGUGAGCCUUGGCCAGGCAACAACAGUAGAGAUUUUCCUUACACUUCAGUUUGUACUCUGUAUCUUUGCCACAUAUGAUGAAAGGAGGAAUGGCCGUUUGGGCUCCGUGUCUUUGGCCAUUGGAUUUUCUCUCACCUUGGGACACCUCUUUGGGUUGUAUUACACUGGUGCCAGUAUGAACCCUGCAAGAUCAUUUGCUCCAGCAGUACUCACCAGAAAUUUCACCAAUCAUUGGGUCUAUUGGGUUGGCCCUAUCAUCGGCGGAGCACUUGGAGGUCUUGUGUAUGACUUUAUCCUCUUUCCAAGAAUGAGAGGGCUAUCAGAGAGACUUUCAAUCCUUAAAGGAGCUCGACCUGCAGAGCCCGAAGGCCAGCAGGAAGCAACGGGAGAGCCUAUAGAGCUGAAAACACAAUCUCUAUAAAUAAAACCUCUGCACAAUUACAUAGUGACACACAAACAUUCACACACGCACACAAUUUGGGCCUAGUUAGCGUAAUAUCCGUCAUGGGAAGUGUGUUGGGGGGUCGGGUUAUACUUUGAAAGAUGUUUCUUUUCUUACCAGGCUGUGGUAUUGUGUUGAAAUAGGGGCAGAAGGAGCGGUCAAUGUGCUUGAUUUUCUCAUCAAAGUUGGGAUGGGGGCGUUUGAAGGGGCCAAACAACUCAGGGGCAAAAAAUAUUUAUAUCACAGAAAAAGGUAUUUACAGCUCA